AGCAAGGUCACGAAGAAAAUGGCUGGGUUUGAAAACUCGAAGAAGUCGGACAGUGAUUCGAAAAAGAUCGAGUGCUUAUCAGAUGCAGUCAUCAAUCUCGAUCAAGGAGAUCCGACGGUAUUCCAAGAGUAUUGGAUGAAGAUGAAGGACACGUGUACGGUGGUGAUACAAGGAUGGGAACUGAUGAGCUACUUUAGCGAUACGACGAACGUGUGUUGGUUCCUAGAGCCAGAGCUUGCGAAGGCGAUCAAGGCGUUGCACAAUGCGAUCGGUAACGCAGCGACUGAGGAACGUUACAUCGUGGUGGGGACUGGCUCGUCGCAGCUUUGUCAGGCCGCCUUGUUUGCACUUUCGUCACUCUCCGAGGUCAAACCUGUGAGCGUAGUCGCUGCGGCUCCUUAUUACUCCACAUACGUUGAAGAGGCAUCGUAUGUCCAAUCGAAGCUGUACAAAUGGGAAGGAGACGCAAGGACAUUCGACAAGAACGGACCGUAUAUCGAGAUGGUGACGUCACCGAACAACCCUGAUGGGACCAUCAGAGAGCCGGUGGUGAACGGUUCGGAGGGCGGGAAAGUGAUACACGACUUCGCGUAUUACUGGCCACAUUACACUCCCAUCACUCGCUGUCAAGACCAGGAUCUUAUGCUCUUCACUUUCUCCAAGAUCACUGGUCACGCUGGCUCUCGCAUCGGGUGGGCAUUAGUGAAGGACAUAGAGGUGGCUAAAAAGAUGGUGCAGUACCUAACAAUCAACUCCAUUGGUGUGUCGAAGGAAUCACAGACACGAGCCACCACGAUCCUCAACGAAAUCACCAAAACCUGUCGGACCAAAUCGGAGAGCUUCUUCGAAUACGGUUCCGAGAAGAUGAAGUUACGGUGGGAGAGGCUACGCGAAGUCGUCGAGUCUGGUGACAUAUUCACUCUACCUAAUUACCCUCAAGCGUUUUGCAACUUCUUUGGCAAAACCAUCUCCCCUUCUCCUGGGUUUGCAUGGUUGGGGUGUAAAGAAGAGAGAGAUCUCGGAUGUUUCUUGAAGGAGAAGAAGGUUUUGACGAGAGGAGGAGACCGAUGUGGAAGUGAUAAGAAGCACGUACGAGUCAGCAUGCUUGGUCGUGACGAUGACUUUGACGUCUUUCUCCACAGACUUGCCACCAUCGAGGAUCUCAAAUGCAUUGACCCUUAA